UGUUUUGUUUUCUAAAACUAAAUUUUCUGAUUGAUAAAUUGUGCUUUAGUUACUUCAGCAAUGGUAGAUUUCCCCAAUUUUAUUAAAGACAUAUAAAAUAAGUUAAGUGGAGACUUGACGAUCGAGCGGAAUAGUAUUUUUUUUCUUUGAAUCAACAGUCGCGGCAAAGGAGGUAGAAGAUAUCGAAUCAGAUCUCUCGCCGGAAACGUCACACCGCCGUAUAAUAUUUAUCAAAUGGUGAAGGCACUGCAAGGCGCGGCCCAGAAUCUGCCGGCGGAUGUCAAUCAAUUGAUCGAUCAGUUAGAGCGUCACUGCUUAGCUCCCGAUGGAUCUCUUGUUACCAAAUCUGCCUACUCCGAUCUUCAACUUGCGAGAGAGGAGAUGUCUCGGGAGAGACUACGGUACUUGGAAGCUAUGGCAAUUUAUUGUGAAGCUGUAGCUAUGGUAGAAGAGUACCAGCAAGCUAUUUCAGUGGCUAACCAUGGUGGGAUACGGGAUGUUCAGAGUCUAUACCCUCAACUUGGUUUGAAGAAUUCUCCUCAGGUUUAUGAGACUCUAGAGCAUAGGUUGGUGGUUGCUGAGGCCGCUCAGAAACUGAGGCUACCUCUUAUCUCAGAUGAUGGUGAAAUUCAUGAGGAAGAAAUUGAGAAAUGGAGUAUACUAUCAAGAAGCUCUCUUGAUAAUGCUACCACGAGUUUCACGAUUAGCUCCACUUCUAACUCAGUGAACUAUUUGAAUAGCUCUGUAAACAGCGUUGCUGGUGGGGCUAGUCUUAGUGCUGUUGAUACUGACGUAGUUGGUGGUGUGCCGAAUCGCUUUCUUGGAAUAACUCCUGCUUAUUUAUCCUAUGUUCAGCUCCAAAAUACUAUUUCCAUGGACAUGGCUGACUACCAAAUGUUUCUUGCCCGUGAGAUAGAAGGUCGAUUGAAGGACAAAUGUGAUAAGUUGGCUGAUGCCAUUGUUGAUGACACCGAUUCAUCCACAGGAAAUCGAAAUUCAAGUGCUAGGCUCCCAGAAAGGGUUAAGUUUAUAAUUGAGGAGAUUGAAAGGGACGAAGCAGCUCUACGAGAGGACCUCUACUCAGCUGACAGGAAGUUUGCAGAAUAUUACAAUGUCCUGGAACAAAUACUCGGGGUGCUUAUAAAGCUUGUGAAGGAUCUAAAGUUAGAACAUCAACACAAAUAUAAUGAAAUGCAGAAGACUUGGUUGUGUAAGAGGUGUGAGACCAUGAAUGCCAAAUUGAGGGUUUUAGAAAACGUUCUCCUGCUUGAGACAUACACCCCUGACUCCAUAUCAGCUCUGCACAACAUCAGGAAUUAUCUGGUCGAGGCUACCGAGGAAGCUUCAGCUGCAUACAACAAAGCGGUUACACGGCUUAGAGAAUAUCAAGGAGUAGAUCCACAUUUUGAUACAAUUGCCAGACAGUACCAUGAAAUUGUUAAGAAACUGGAAAAUAUGCAGUGGACCAUUCAUCAAGUAGAAAUGGACCUCAAGUCUCAAGACUGAUCAGUAGUUUUGUUAACACUUGUGACAUAUUAGCAAAUCUGAUCCUCCAGAAAGAUUGGAUUGGGAGAAAAAAUCAGUAUUAAUUUAAAACACAUCCAGUUCAUGUGAUCCACUACUUGUAAUAUAUACUUACAUUGUGUUAUAUUUCUUUGUUAUAUA